GAAAAGGCAGCAUCGAUCGAUCGCAUGGAAAUCAACGAUGGAUACGCUACCCAAAAGCGCACUAACAUUGAAAUUGAGCCCUACUGCAGAUGGUAUAGAGGGAAGAAAGAAGACCGUCUUGACGUCCAUCUCCAUGGAUUCAAAAGAGAGCAACUGAAGAUUUAUAUCAACUGCUUUGGAACAUCCAUGACAGUUAGCGGAAAACGACCUUUGCCGGAGAAUAUGUGGAAUUGCUUUUCUAAAAAAAUCAAUAUUUCAAAUGAUUACGCUGUAGACGAAAUACGUUCAAGGUUUAUCAAUGGCAUUCUGUCCUUAUCAAUGCCUAAGAAAGUUCCUUUGCUCAAGAAGCUACAACAACAGAAAGUUCCUUUGCUCAAGAUGCUACAACAACUUGGCAAAAAGGGUUCGCUUGGCAUAGAUCUAGAGGCAGCAUUGAAAACUAUAAUAGCGGUUACUGUAGGGAUGGCUCUUGGGUCUUAUCUAGCAUACAAAUAUUCUAAGUUUCCUCAUGCAGAAAAUUGAAAUCAUGUUGUACGCGUUUA